AUGAUCAGUCUGGUAGCUGCAGUGUGUCUGGUGACACUGGUCGGGGCAGACCAUUACGACUUUGGAUCUGGUUUCGGGGACCACAACUUUGGAGAACAUGAACAACACCAUCAUGAACACGUCAAGACCAUCACGCUGACCAAGAAGGUGCCGGUGCCGUACCCUAUCACAGUGGAGAAGAAGGUGCCUUACCCCGUGAAGAAGAAAGUGCCUUACACAGUGAAGGAAUACGUGCCACAGCCGUACACGGUGUACAAGAAGGAGCCGUUCACGGUCAAGGUGCUCGUUGACAAGCCGUAUCCUGUCCACGUUCCGAAGCCUUAUCCCGUCGUGGUGGAGAAGAAAGUACCUUACACUGUGGAAAAGCACGUGCCAUACCCUGUCAAAGUGCCUGUGGACAAACCUUACCCCGUCCACGUGCCUGUAGUCAAGCACGUGCCGUACACUGUAGAGAAGAAGGUGCCGUACAAGGUGGAAGUGCCUGUGGAGAAGCCCGUGCCAGUGCCUGUGCCCAAGCCUUACCCUGUGUAUGUGGAGAAGAAGGUGCCUUAUACAGUAGAGAAGCCGGUACCUUACCAUGUCAAGGUGCCUGUCCACGUUCCUGUCCAUCAUCACGAGCUCUCUCACGACUUCAGUCAUGGUGACUUCCAUGAACACGACUUCGGGGGACAUUAUAGUCUGGUAGCUACAGUGUGUCUGGUGGCUCUGGUCGGGGCAGACCAUUACGACUUUGGAUUUGGGCUCGGGGACCACAACUUCGGAGGACAUGAACAACACCAUCACGAACAUGUCAAGACCAUCACGCUGACCAAGAAGGUACCGGUCCCUUAUCCCGUCACAGUGGAGAAGAAGGUUCCUUACCCUGUGAAGGUGCCAAUUGACAAACCGUACCCUGUCCAUGUACCCAAGCCGUACCCGGUCUACGUUGAGAAGAAGGUCCCUUACACGGUGAAAGAAUACGUCCCACAGCCGUACACGGUGUACAAGAAGGAGCCGUUCACGGUCAAGGUGCCCGUUGACAAGCCGUAUCCUGUCCACGUCCCGAAGCCUUAUCCCGUCGUGGUGGAGAAGAAAGUACCUUACACAGUGGAGAAGCACGUGCCAUACCCUGUCAAAGUGCCUGUGGACAAACCUUACCCCGUCCACGUGCCUGUAGUCAAGCACGUGCCGUACACUGUAGAGAAGAAGGUGCCGUACAAGGUGGAAGUGCCUGUGGAGAAACCAGUGCCUGUGCCUGUGCCCAAGCCUUACCCUGUGUAUGUGGAGAAGAAGGUGCCUUAUACAGUAGAGAAGCCGGUACCUUACCAUGUCAAGGUGCCUGUGCCUUACCCCGUGAAGGUGCCAAUUGACAAGCCGUACCCCGUACAUGUAUCCAAGCCGUACCCUGUCGAUGUAGAGAAGAAAGUGCCUUACACAGCGAAGAAGCACAUGCCAUAUCCUGUCAAAGUGCCUGUGGACAAACCUUACCCCGUCCAGGUGCCUGUAAUCAAGCACGUCCCGUACACUUUAAAGAAGGUGUCGUACAAGGUGGAGUGCCUGUGGAGAAACCCGUGCCUGUGCCCAAGCCUUACCCUGUGUAUGUGGAGAAGAAGAAAACUUAGCUCUGGUAUGUUUAGAGAAGGACUUACAUUUUCUAACCGCUGUGUUCGGUACACGCCUGAAGCACUGUUAGGUGAUAUUUGUGCCGAGUUCUGGCAGACAGACAGAGCUGUAUAUUCGCACCAUAACGAGCUGUCACAACUGACAGGAAGUUGCCUGAAACUGACAGUCUGA